UCAGAUGAAUCCGUAGCGAGCAGAAACAAGACAUCACACAGGUAGACACUUGAGUCCUGAGCUGAGCUCUCUUGCUGCCAUGGCUUCCGGCGGCCGGCUCUGCUCCGUGCUGCUCGCGCUGCUGGCCGUCAUGGCCGCGCGGCCGGCGGCGGUGUCGGGGGCGUCGGCGCACCUGCACUUCUACAUGCACGACGUGCUGACCGGCCCGGCGCCGACGGCGGUGCAGGUGCUGGACGGCCCGCGCGGCCACUUCGGCGACACCAUCGUCAUCGACGACGCGCUCACGGCGACCUCGUCGGCGACGUCGGCGGGCGUGGGGCGCGCGCAGGGGCGGUACAUCUGGGCGUCCAAGGGGAACCCGGAGCUGCUGGUCACCAUGGAGGUGCUCCUCACCUCCGGCCCCUACGCGGGGUCCUCCGUCACGGUGGUCGGCCGGGACGACAUCGGCGCGGCGGUGCGGGAGCUGUCGGUGGUCGGCGGCACGGGCCAGUUCAGGAUGGCCACAGGCUACGUGCUGUGGAAGACCGUCCGGCUCGACCACCCCAACGCCGUCCUCGAGCUCGACGUCUUCGUCAACCCGUGAAAUACGUGACGGACCGCGAGCUCGUCUCCUUCGUCUCACAUGAGCAUCUGUUUCACUUCUCACCUAUGUGUUUCCGUCUGUCUUCUACUAUAUGUCUACUCUGCUGCUCCUCCAUGCAUACGAGUGCAAUAAUAAUGUUGAAUAUGUGCAAACGUUGUUCAUCAAAUAAUAUGUUGCCCGGCUUUGGUAA